UCAAAGACACCAGAGAGCAGUUAAAACUAUUUCUUUCUCCCUAACAUUUACAAUGAAAUUCUAUUCCUUGCAGUAUAAAAAAAAAAAAUGAAAGAAAAGAAGAGAAGAAAAACAGCCCACACCAUUUUUUUCGGUGUUGUCGAGGCCAUGGCAACAUAUUGUUGGUGGAAACAGUGAGUGCAUUAAUUUAAGCAGCAGUUGAACGUGAAUAAAGAUGGACACACAGGACCACCACACAACUUUAAAUGAACUUCAGGAGCGACUUCAAGCUCUGACAGAAGAAAAUUUGCAGCUGCGUGACAAAAAUGAACGCCUUUUCACCAAAGUGGGCUACCUGGAGAGCAGACUGGGCCACCUGGCAGGCUCCAACACAGAUCUGUCCUGCAGGCUGGUCCAGAGUGAAGAGGAAAAACUCAAGAUAUCGAAGGAGCUUGUGGAGGAGAAAAUUCUGACAAACAAGAUGAAAGAGCAGUUUGAAGAAGAGAAGUUUGAGCUGAAAAACAAGAUAUUGAACCAAGCUGGUGGAAAAACAGAGCUUGAGAUGGAGCGAGACAACUUAUUCAGGGAACUCCAGUCUGCUGAGGCUCGUCUGAAAUUGGGAGAGAAGCGCAGCCAAGACUGGACAGAGGAGUACACCACACUGAAGAAGAACUACCUAGCUCUGGCUAAGGCCCAUGAUGAAGAGGUGGCCCAGAGUGAAGAGCUAAGUGCUGAGCUGCUGGCACUGGCCCAGGCCCAGGACGCCCUCCGUAGGCAGCUGGAGGAGCAGCAGCAGAGUGUGAAGACUACUACCCAGGGCCGCAUGUCACGUAACAGGGUCAAGCUUGAGGAUCUGGCAGCUUUGGACAAGGAACAAAAGUCCAUGGAAAAAACUCUACUUGGAAACCAAGAUGAGAUCAAAGACAUGCUGGAGAAAAUGAAGAACAGCUACGAGGAGCAGCUGAAGAAACUGGAGGAGAAAGUGGUGGCAAUGGGGAAAGCCCACCAGGAGAACAAGAGAGCGAUCCACAAUCGACAGCAGGAACUAUUUGAGCAGAGUGUGGCCCUGAUGUGCUCUCAGAGCCAAGUGAAGGAGGUAGAAGAAGAGAACUCAAUGCUGCAGCUUCAAGUCAAAGAGCUGAAUGAGGAAUACCGUGCAAGGCUUGUGUGCUAUUUACAGGACUUAGCUGAGUACAUCGAUGGAGUUGGAGAAGGUAAAAACCCUUCAGAGACUUCUGAGAUGAGGGCACACGUGGACAGAAUGCUCCAGGAUGUUCGUUCAACCUACAGGGUCAGGGAGGAACAGCUUGCCUCUGCUGCUCGCUCCUAUAAGAAGAGACUUCAGAAGAUCACCAAGACCCAUCAUGCUCUCCUUAUUGCAUACAGGGUUCAGAGGGAGCUGGUCUUGGCCAAACCAGAGAGCGGUCUUGACCCUGGACCCCCAGAAGCCUGCUUCAGCCUGGAGCCCACUGAGCUCAGACAUGAAACUGAGAAGGAGCUCCAGCACCUUCGCCAGGACAAAGCGAGGCUGGAGGGUCAGCUGCAGGCGGCCCGGGAACAGGUGGCUGUCUUAAAAAUGCCUGUUCAGAAUUUAAGCCAUCAGGACUCGGCAUUCGAGGAAUCCUGGACGGACAUAAGGAAACAGCUGAGGGAGAUCACAGACUCUACACUGGUGAACUUUGAGAAGGAGCGCGCCCUUCUCAUCACCAGGGCAACAGUUGCAGAGGCGCAGGUGUCGGAGUUGCAGGACUAUAUUGACAACCACCUGGGCAGGUAUAAAGAGGAGAUCUCACAUCUCUGCAGACUCCAAGGGAUACAGGAGGCCGGGCGUUCCCAAAGUGCUAAUUCAUCACUCCGUUAAGAAAAUUGGCCACAAAAUCUGAAUCCAAGUCAUACAGUAUAUUGCAAUGUAAUUUAACAUUACACAGUUUUUUUAAGUUAAAUCUCAUACAUAUUAAAUCUCAGAUUUAAACAUUUAUUUAAUUAAAAUCAUACACAAA